CUCAGCUCCAGGAGCGACUAGACACUCAGAGCUACUCCCUCCACAGUACCAGUCCUCCUCUCUCUCGCUCUCUCACUCAUUCACAGCCUCUCUCUUUCACAAACACACACACACACACACACACACACACACACACACACGUGCUCUCACACAUAGUAACACACACACACACACACACACACACACACUCACCACUCCUGGCAGAGGGAAGACAGGACCACAGGAGAACUGUUACACACCUUUACAACCAGUCCCCCAGUCAUCGCCAGACGCUUUGCCCAGGAUGUGGAUGCUUCUCUUGGGGGUCACCUUUGGAUUACUGGCCUCGUCCAGGUCAGAGCAACUUGCAGUGAAUUCUCGGGGCUGCAGCUAUGCCGGAGUGUUCCUGGUUGAGGGACAAUCCCGUCACUCCCUCACCUUCUCCUUGGCUGAAAAGGUGUGUGAGCAUCUCGAGACCACUCUGGCAAGUCAAGAGCAAGUCGAAGAGGCCUACGCUAAAGACAUGCAAACCUGCAGGUACGGCUGGAUCAACAACGGGAGCAUCGCAAUCCUCAGACACUCGCACCAUGAAAACUGUGCAGGGAACUUGAGUGGCCUCAUAGUUCAUCAACCCACUGGAGCUGAUGACAAUUAUGAUGCCUACUGCUAUGAUGACAAAGUUGGGCCUGAGAAGAACUGUGAGAAACGAUUCAGUCGAUCUUUACUCUCAGAUGAACCAGCCAAGCCCUCAGCGCUGCCUCAGCAACCAACAAGAUCAGGCGAAGCAGACUCAGGGUCCAUAGAUCUCUGGGAAAAAUUUGAAUUGACCACCGUAGUCGCCAACCCUCCCGAGGAAGUGAGUGCAGAGGAUCCUAAGGCUCCGACACCCGACCAGGCUGUGGAUGACAACCCCAGUGGUAGGAGCGAGAACAGCACGGGGGGGUACAUUAUCCCUCUGGAGGACUUGGACCAGCCCACUGGAUCUGGGAUGACGCCAGGCCACUCUGAGGAGGAAGGAGCCUCUCCGACGGCCCCUGUUGGAGAAACCGAGAAACCACAAGCUCCCUCUGGAAAUGAGGAGGAGACUGGGGGCACAAGCGAAGAUGCCACCAGAGAGCCUCCACAACAUUCAGAUGGCAAAGGACAGGUGCGGAGUCCUGUUGAUCCGAAAUCUGACCCAAAGGAGAGCCGCGGUUCACUGGACUGGCUGGUAAUCAUUGGGGUGAUUGUGGCAGUGGCUGCGAUUCUGUUCGUAUGUGCAGCUGUUGUCAAAAGAAAUAGUUUGUGCAGCAAAGGACAGACGCUGAAUAUCACGUCCAAGGAUGGCGGUGAGGGGAACGGCGCCACGGCAUUGGCGUCCAGCUCCCAGGAGCGAGAGCAGGAGAUGGUGACCCUCAUGAACAAGGAGAAGAUCCAGGAGAACGGCAACACAGAGGAGUUCACCGUCAUCACGCUAGAGGAGUCGCCGGAUAAAGAGCAGCAGGCGUGAGGCGGGAGUCGUGGAGUUUGAAGGCGAGGAGGGAGAGCGCGAGGAGAAGGUGGAGAGAAAAUAUACGGACGUGGGUUGGGGGCUUCAAACACUGGAACCACUUCCGUGAUCAGCAAUGAACGGACGCUGAGUGAGGGUCUAUGUGUGUGUUGCUAUAGAACGAUUGUCUAACUUAAGUGUUUUGGGUCUGAAGCUGUUGCCUCUCAGAGGGGACCAGGUCUUCUCAAACCAACAUGUGCAGCAUUUAGUUUGUGCGGUGUUCCCAGAUGGUGACCCUCAUGUGGUGACCCUUAGAUCAGGCCGAGUGGCGGUCAAAAGAGUGCCAUGCGUCGGUGCGUAGCAGGGUGUGCGAGCGCGUUUCGUGUCUUGUUCUUUGUGUUUUGCGAGAGUUGUGCGCUUGCGUGUCGAUGACGGGGCUGGACAGGCAUGGGUUUAAAAGGGAGGGGGGUGGGUAGAGGAGGGGGUCAUUUGUGACGAACAUGUUAAUUACAGAUUAUUCUCUUUGUAAUAGAAUUGGUGAAUCCUAAACUGUAUGAAGUCGAUGAUGAAAACUGUGUUAUUUUAUUUGAGAUUCUGCAGAUAGAAAAAAAAAUGUUUCAUGUGUUUUGUUUCAUUCUUUUGCUGAUUAUUGUAACCUUGUGUAUAUUUCAGACGUUGCCUGUGGACUGAAGCUUGUUUUUAUUCAAUUUUCAAGAAAACCUGAGGAGUUCUACCUUAAUACCUUUAUUUAUGCAUCUUUAAGUCCCCUUUUCCUUGGUCUUUGUAUAUAAAGUACAUUAGUUUGGAAAUGCCUUAGCAUUAGAUGCCCGUGCUUUUUUUUAUAUUUGGCAGGAAGGGGCUUUAUAUCCUCUGUAAGUAGAAGAAUGUGUUCAUUUUUAGAUUUAUUCAAUCAGAAAAGCACCUGAGGUAAAAAUGAAAUUUUGCAAUAUUGCUGUGGUUAUUGCAUGAAUCGGCUCGAGCAUUAAAGAAAUGUGCAAUUUGUGCAAGUUAAUAUGGUAUAAAUUUACAUGGAGUCCCUGACGUUAUCCUGAGGAUAAGCAGAAUGAUAAUCAUGAUGUAUAUGAAAACACAGUGUGUACAUUGAUUUGGGGGGGAAACGAGCAAAAGAAAGAUUUGGAUUGUAGCUGUAGCCGAUUGAUCAUUUUGUAAAUGUGAGAUUAUUAACUUGCUAAAUAUCAUAUAUGAUAUUCAGCAUGAACUAAAUAUUACACGGGGGGAGCCCAUGUGCUGCAAACACUUUACAAUGUAAAAGACUUCUCAUGAGAUUCUAUUGAAAUAUCUCUGAUUGUAGGGGGGGGGGGGGUGAAUGAAGUGUUCUGUUCUCAACAAACCACUCACAUGGAAAUGCUGCAGUUUUUGCUUCUGACCUUCUCAUUGGCUAAACAUAUAAUACAUUGUGUUAUUGUGUAAGCAGUUUUUGUUCCAAGUGUGACAGCUUCUUUUUUUCUUCUGGUGUAAAAACUGAACUGUAAGCAGAUGUUUGGUUUCUGACUUGUUUCGUUGUCGCUCCUGCUUUUUGCUCUUUUAUGAUUCACUCCGACAGGAAGUAGCAGACGUAGUCGUGUAGGCAGGUUUCAUGACCAAUUAACAAAAGAUGAAAAAAAUAAAAGCUUUGUGAAGUCAUGAACGAAAUAAACGUGUAUAGAACGAGA